AGAUGUGCUCAAAAACAGAGCCUCUGUGUGGAAGCCCAGUCCCCCAAUCCCAGAGAGACUUAGGUUAGGAGAGGUACCAACUUCUGUCCCACCCAGGAGGCAGCAUCCGCCUCCACCCUGUGGAGCCAGGGAGAGGCCCUUGCUGCCCUUCUAGACAAGAAAGAGCAGUGAGAACUCUGUCAUCCCCAGGAGGAGAACUCAGGGCUCACCUGGAGCUCCCGAGGUCCCACAGGGAUAGAGGAUCAAUUUUUCUCCCUUCUGGAAGAUGCCCUGGGAGGUCCUGAUGCUGCUGCUGCUGCUGCUGCUCUCCAGCACCCAGGCUACUGCGUCGUGUAGGUGGAACAGGGCUACACUGUUCCCCGCUGCCCACCGGCCGAAGAGGUCCUUGUCUUUGCCACUGAACCCAGUCCUGCAGACCUCCCUGGAGGAUGUGGAACUCCUCUAUGAGCUCUUGCUGGCUGAAAUUGAGAUCAGCCCAGACCUGAAGAUCUCCAUCAAGGACGAGGAGCUGGCUUCCCUGAGGAAGGCCUUGAACUUCCACUCAAUCUGCAACAAUAUAAUCCCCAAGCACAUCCCAGAUAUCCGCAGGCUGAGCGCCAACCUGGCCAACCACCCUGGAAUCCUCAAGAAAGAAGACUUUGAAAGGCUAGCAUUGACCCUGGCUUACUCGGCCUACAGGACAGCCUUGUCGGAAGGGCAUCAGAAGGACAUCUGGGCCCAGGCCCUCAUUAGCCUCUUCCAGGCCCUGAGGCAUGACUUGAUGCGGUCCUCUGGCCCUAGAGUGUCUUCCUGAGAGACUGGCCUAUGCCAGGACCUUGAAGCAGGGACAGGCACACACAGUCUUCCAGAACACUCAUCCUCUACUCUACUUACAGAGACUGUGAAGAAAGUAUGUACUGCCCACAUAGAAUAGCAAAGAUAAAUGAGUCAUCACAAUACUCUCGAUUCUUCUUGCUUCCUGACAUACAUCUCUGACUUAUGAUAUAAUGUUUCCUGAGCUAAAAGAAAGGGCUAGAUUGGGCUUUCAAGACAUUUCCAGAGGCCGACUGGUCCACCUGGUAAUGAGCUGAAGUCUGAGAUAUACAUACACACACACACACACACACACACACACACACUGAGGAUGGAGUCGGAUGUGGCAGGAAGAUUCCAUUAGUUCUAAGAGACCUGUAUUGAAUGAACAUGUUCUGGCAGGUUCUAUGGUAAAUAUUAAAAAGGCAGAGAUACAUUCAAAUAAAUGCGCUGUUAGCCAAGAGGGACAUGUUUUCCUCAAAGCCAUGGAGAAGAAUCCGUCAGAAAGUCAGUAACAUGGGGACCUACAUGGCUUGACUCAUCUUUUGUGAAGUUAUUCUGAGACAGGAGAAGUAGCAAGGGCCCAUGGAAGUGCUCGCAGUCCAUCCACGCCCUGUCAUUUGAACAUGGAGGCCAAGCUAAAGCACAUAGUGCCCUCCUAAAGAACGAGGUGGCACCACCAUGCUUCUCUGUCCUAAAAUACUAGAGUAGUGUCCCAGAUUUUGGUGCUCCUGAUAAAAAUCACUUUCAGACGACAGAUUGUUUACUUUCAAAUGCUGAACUUUUCAUUUUCAAAAUGUUGGUUCAACAUCUAUUUGUUAUUUAUAUGAAGUAAUUACCGGUUGGUAUUUAAAUGUUAUGCAUGCAAUGUCUUCUGCCUUGUUCAAUACCUAAAUUAUUUAGGACAUUCUAAUAAAGGAGGCAGACAGCUCUCAGGUUCCUUCUACUCAUGAAAUGGCUGCAGUAAUCUAGCAACUGUGAGGGUCUAGGGGAGGGUCCUGUGUCUGCGGAGUCCCCCUCCAGCUCAUAUACUAGAUCUAUCCAUCCUGUAUGGGGUCCUGGGGUUCUCUGCUGUCCCCUCACGUCCACAUUAAAGUACGCUUUUCAUUGUCCCCAUA